AUGGACUUGAAAUUUUCGGAAGACGUGGAGAUGUUGGAAGACAUGGAGUUGCUGGCAGAUGUGGAGAUGCUGGCAGACGUGGAGAUGCUGGCAGACGUGGAGAUGCUGGCAGACAUGGAGAUGCUGGCAGACGUGGAGAUGCUGGAAGAUGUGGAGAUUCUGGAAGACAUGGAGAUGCUGGAAGACGAGCAGAUGCUGGAAGCCCUGGAGAUGCUGGAAGACCUGGAGGUGUAGGAAGACAUGAAUUUUCUGGAAGACGUGGAUUUUCUGGAAGACGUCACUUUGUUGGAAGACGUGGGUAUGCUGGAAGCUAUAAAUUUGAUGGAAGAUACAGCUUUGUUGGAAGACCAGGGUUUGCUGGAAGCUGUGGAUUUUCUGGAAGCCAUGGAUUUGAUGGAAGACGUGGAUAGCCUGGAAGACCUGGAACUGAUUGGAAGAUAUUGAUUUCCUGGAAGCCAUGACUUUUCUGGAAGACAUGGAUUUUCAGGAAGACCCGAAUUGUCCGGAAGAUCUUGACUGUUUGGAAGAUGUAGAUUUGCUGGAAGACCUGGAGGUUACUGGAAGACAUGAAUUUUCUGGAAGACGUGGCUUUAUUGGAAGACUUUGAUUUGGUGGAAGUCAUAGAUUGGUUGGAAGAUAGAUUUUUCUGGAAGAUGUGGAUUGUGUGGAAGACCUUGA